AUGGCGGAACAGAAAGAUAACUGGUCUUCCGACGCCUACCAACAUGCGGCAUCGUUCGUGCCUAAGCUGGCCACGAAGGUCAUGCAAUGGCUGGAUCCGCAGAAAGACGACGUGAUCCUCGACGUUGGCUGUGGAGACGGUGUCCUCGACGUGGAAAUGGCCCGAAUCUGCAAGCGCGUCCACGGCAUCGACAGCUCCCCUGCCAUGAUCUCCGCCGCCAAAGCAGCCGCUGAAUCCAACGGGCUCGCAAAUAAAUGCAUAUUUGAAGUCCUCGACGCAACAACCCUCCCAUCCACCACCGCCCUCCAACCCGCAUCCUUCACAAAGGCCUUCUCCAACGCAGCGCUACACUGGAUCCUCGCCGCCCCCGGCACGCGCGAGGCCGUCUUCCGCGGGGUCAACGCGGCGCUGCGGCGCGGCGGCGUCUUUGUCUUUGAGAUGGGCGGCCUGGGCAACGUGGCCGAGGUGCGCGCGGCGCUGCUCUCGGCCGUGGGCCGCCGCGUCGGCCUGGCGCGCGCCGCCGAGGUGGAUCCGUGGUUCUUCCCCGAUGAGGGGUGGGUGAGGGGGUUUAUGGAGGGGGCUGUUGGGGGGUGGGUGGUGGAGAGGGUGGAGAGGGAGUGGAGGCCGACGGUGGCUGAUGUUGGGGGGGUGGAGGGAUGGGUGAGGUUGAUGGGGAAGAAGUGGUUCGAGGUGUUGCCUGAGGGGGAGAGGGAGGAGUGUAUCAGGGAGGUGGUUGCGGUGUUGGAGGUUGUUUGUAGUCAGCCAGGGGGUGGGUAUAUGCUGAGUUAUGUGCGGUUGAGGGUUGUGGCUAGGAAGCUUUAGUUUGGGCGGUGUGUUCUGGGGGUUUUCCUCACUCGUUGAUUUAACAUUCAAGUUCAAUUUGAUGAUAGUUUGGGGAGGAUGUGGAUGGGUUCU